AUGAGUGCCAUAAAUAUGAUUUUUUCUCAAAAUAUCUCCAUUGUGCGUCCUGCAUAUUUUUUCAUCACUGGACUUUCAGGUAUACCAUACAGCAGUUAUUACUAUAUUUUUUUAUUUUUUACUUAUUUCAUUGCUGUAAUUGGAAACUCUGUAGUUCUUUUCAUUAUAGCUCUUGACCGGAGUCUGCACAGUCCAAAGUACAUUGGUGUGUUUAACUUGGCCUUGGCUGACAUUGGUGAAACAAAUGCCCUGAUUCCUAACAUGUUGAAGACUUUGCUUUUUGAGUCACAGUACAUCUCUUACAAUAGCUGUUUGUUAAACAUGUAUUUUGUGUUUCUCUUUGGUUCUAUGCAAAGUCUCUCUCUUGUUGUCCUUGCAUUUGAUCGCUUCAUUGCUAUUUGCUUGCCACUAAGAUACCAUGCCAUUGUUACAAAUACUGGUAUGUCUUUAAUUUUUUCAGCAAUAUGGGCAUUUAACACUUUUGUGAUGGCCUUGACAGUGUCUUUACUCACCCGGCUUUCAUUCUGUAAAUCCAAUGUGAUACAAAGUUAUUUUUGUGACCAUGGACCAGUGUAUAGGUUGGCAUGUAAUGACAAUAGCAUGAAUAAUUUAAUGGCAAACCUCUGCACAGCUUUAUACCUUGUAGCACCAUUGGCCAUUAUAAUUGUGUCAUAUAUUGGCAUUCUUCUGGCCCUAAUCAGAAUUACAACUUGGGAAGGGCGUAUCAAGGCCCUUAAGACCUGUGUUUCUCACCUGUUGUUAGUCGGAGUAUUUUUCCUCCCCAUAACCUGCACAUACAUUGCUGCAUUCAUGUUUGCUCUCUCUCCCAAUGCAAGAAUCAUCAGCACAUCUCUGGCAUUUGUUAUUCCACCAAUGCUAAAUCCUAUAAUUUAUGUUUUAAACACAGCAGAAAUCAAAGACUUGAUGCAAAAAGUCCUUAAAAAUAGAUUUGCAACAAUUGGACAGAGUAUUUCACACUGA